UUGGCCAGGCGGGGACUGGUAGUCCGGAGGCUGGCAUUGUGUUCUGCGUUGAUCCCCGUGUUCUUGUUUACACCUUGAGGACGGGGACGAGACACCCAGUUGCCCAACAGAGCAAACUCGGGGGUCCAGUGUGCAGAAGAGCUGGCUAUCUGACAGCAUCUCCUCCGUGGUUACUUGUUUUCUAUUUUCCCAAACCAUAAGUUUCUCUUUUGCUGGGAAUCGGAACUCUCCCAAUGCGUUCAGAGCAGCAAUGCGUCAAACUUUUUGGUGACUUCUGUGGCACCUUACGGCUCCCAGGCAAGAAGGGUAUGAGUCCAGCUGGACAUGAGAUCUACAAGGAAUAGCAGCGGCAAGUUGUUUCUUUACAUCCACAGGGUCUGAUAUUUACGGACCGCUUCAAACUUUGAUUACGGGCGGAAAUUACACCCUCACAUUCUGCUUUGUGAUGGAUGUGUUUUGAGCGUUGCAGUCUGUUUGCGUAAAACGUCAACUAUUUACCAAAAAGACGACAUCCAACAUAAAGUACUGGACUGUUUUAUAUUUCUCCUUUUCCUGAGAAAUCUGACAGGGGACUUUGUUGGACAAGAGCAACUUGCUGUGUGAGAAGCACCGCAGGUUACGCUGCGUGGGAAACCCCGGGACGCUCCGCUACGGCGUAGCCGGAAAAGAUGCUCUCUGUUAGGAUACAGCGUGGCCAAGGUCUCGGUCCUCUGGUUCUUCUCCUCCUGGUCGGGAGAUAUGUCGUGUCUGGCACUGAGAGCACUGACUACAGCGAUGCCGAGGUUCUCCCUGAUUCCUUCCCGUCUGCACCGGCGGAGCCUCUCCCAGAAUUCCUCCUUGAACCAGAGGACGCUUUCAUCGUGAAGAACCGGCCGGUCCAGCUGCGGUGCCGGGCCUCGCCAGCCACCCAGAUCUACUUCAAAUGUAACGGAGAAUGGGUCAAUCAAAACGAUCACGUCACCAGAGAGAGCCUGGACCAGAUCACAGGUCUGGUGGUGCGAGAGGUGGACAUCUCGGUGGCGAGGACGCAGGUGGAGGAGCUGUUUGGGUUGGAGGACUACUGGUGCCAGUGUGUGGCCUGGAGCUCGGCUGGCACCACCAAGAGCAACCGGGCCUACGUCCGCAUUGCAUACCUGAGGAAGAACUUUGAGCAGGAGCCUCUGGGGCGGGAGGUGCGACUCGAGCAGGAAGUGCUGCUGCAGUGUCGCCCCCCCGAAGGCAUGCCAGCUGCCGAGGUGGACUGGCUGAAAAACGAGGAUGUCAUAGAUCCAUCGCAGGACUCCAACUUCCUGAUCACCAUCGAUCAUGAUCUGAUCAUCAAACAGGCCAGACUCUCCGACACCGCCAACUACACCUGCAUGGCUCGUAACGUGGUGGCAAAAAGACGCAGCAGCACAGCUACUCUUAUUGUUUACGUGAGCGGAGGUUGGUCUUCGUGGACUGAAUGGUCAGAGUGUAAUGCUCGGUGUGGGCGGGGCUGGCAGCGACGAACACGCAGCUGCACCAAUCCCGCCCCUCUGAAUGGAGGAGCCUUCUGUGAGGGCCCGCCCUUCCAGAGAGUGACCUGCACCACACUGUGCCCUGUGGAUGGAGGCUGGACAGAGUGGGCAAAGUGGUCUGCCUGUGGGACAGAGUGCACCCACUGGCGCAGUCGCGAGUGCCAAGCCCCCCCACCUAGAAAUGGAGGAAAGCACUGCAGCGGCAGCAUGAUGGAGAGCAAAAACUGCACUGAGGGGCUGUGUGCGCGCACUCUGGCCCCAGGUAUGGGUGUCACCGUCUACGCUGGCCUGGCCGGGGCCCUGCUGCUGUGUGUGAUCCUGGUGUUGUGCGUGGGAGUGCUUGCAUAUCGCCGCAGAUGCCGACAUCUCCAUGGAGACAUCACUGACUCUUCAUCCGCUCUCACUGCCGCCUUCCACCCUGGCAAUUACAAGCCUCCCAGACAAGAUAACCCUCACACUCUGCAUCCCUCAGCUCCUCCAGAUCUGACAGCCACAGCGGGGACUUUCCGAGGGCCGCUCUUCUCCCUGCAGCAAGGGGUCAACGACAGCCCACACAAAAUCCCCAUGACCAAUUCUCCCCUGCUGGACCAACUGCCAAGCCUCAAAAUCAAGGUGUACAACGCCUCCACUCUGUCCUCUCUGGAGCUCCCCGCUAACAUGUGUUUAGGCGAUGGGGAGAUCCUAAGCCUGAAGUCGGUGGGAACUAUGGGUAGAGAGCGGGAUUACCACAGCCACACCAUGUCCAGAGAACCUGGGCUGAGCACCAGUGCCACCUUGGGUAAUCUGGGAGGACGUCUUACCAUCCCCAACACAGGUGUCAGCCUUUUGAUCCCCCCAGGGACCAUCCCCCAGGGGAAGUUCUACGAGAUGUACCUCAUCAUCAACAAGUGGGACAAAACGACGUUACCCUCUGAGGGCAGUCAGACUGUACUAACUCCGGUGGUCAGCUGCGGUCCAUCCGGCAUGCUGCUGAAUCGUCCUGUGGUUCUUACUUUGCCACACUGUGCUCAGCUAGACACUCCUACUCCUGACUGGACCCUCACUCUGAAGACACAGACGCACCAGGGAGCCUGGGAGGAGGUGCUGACAGUAGGAGAGGAGACUUUGUCGUCUCCGUGCUACCUGCAGCUGGAGGAGGAGUGUUGCCAUGUCCUCAUGGAGCAGCUGGGAACGUACGGCCUGGUGGGCCAGUCCUGCCCCCCCCAGCCUGCCUGCAAACGCCUGCAGUUAGCACUGUUCGCCCCUCGAGCGCCAUGCCUCUCCCUGGACUACAGCCUUCGUAUCUACUGCAUCCACGAUACUCCUCAUGCUCUCAAGGAGGUGCUGGAUUUGGAGAGGAGUCUGGGCGGAGUUUUGCUGGAGGAUCCCAAGCCUCUUCUUUUUAAAGACAGCUACCACAACCUGCGCCUGUCCAUCCACGACAUUCCUCACACUCACUGGAGAAGCAAACUACUGGCAAAGUAUCAGGAGAUUCCUUUCUAUCACAUCUGGAGCGGCAGUCAGAGACCCCUGCACUGCACGUUCAGCCUGGAGAGGGGCAGCCUGGCCGUGUCGCAGCUCGCCUGUAAGAUCUGCGUCCGACAGGUGGAGGGGGAGGGACAGAUAUUCCAGCUGCACACGGAUAUUCAGGAGACUCUCCCCCCACACUCGCCCCUCCCCUCCGGAGGCACCUGCCUGCCAUCCUCUCAGGUGGGACCUUAUGCCUUUCGCUUGCCUGACUCCAUCCGCCAGAAGAUCUGUGCCAGUCUGGAUGUCCCCAGUGCCCGGGGGUGUGACUGGAGACUGCUGGCUCGCAGUCUGGGCUUUGACAGGUACUUGAACUACUUUGCAACAAAGCCCAGCCCCACAGGUGUUCUCCUGGACUUAUGGGAAGCCUGUCACCAAGCCGACGCAGACCUGGUUUCUUUGGCGACCGCGCUGGAAGAAAUGGGCAAAAGUGAGGUGCUAGUCGUCAUGACAACAGAUGGGGAUUGUUGAUUGGUCAAGGAACGAGAGAGCAAGCCAGACAUUUUCUUUUUCUCUUUUCACCACCGUGAUGAAAAUAAGAAUACCUGCCUAUGAGUAUGCACACAUCAUAAGCCCACAGAGCGUUUUGGUUCUCUCACAUGCUCUGUUUUGCCUCUGCCUCAUUCCUUCUCACUGACCCCUGAUCAGCCACUGUAGCUACAAACCCACCGUAACCCAUUCCCAUGAUAACUGAUCUGAUUCAGCUUCAAUCCUUCAAAGCUAUGUUGCAUCUGCAGAACCAAUUCGAGGGGUAUGAAUCAUAAAAUGGACGUAAAGUCAUCUUUCAUACGUGGUGCUUCUAAGAUACAGAAUUACACUUUUAUUUUAUAUAAAUAAUACAAAUCUAUGGGACAAACAAACUCAUGUAUUCAACACACGGAAGCACGCACAAUAAAACAAACAGACAAAUGCUAACAGGGGAUUACCCAUGUUUCAGUAGCAGCAUGAAAGUGCAUGAUUUAGCACCAACAAACCUCAUGGCGGGGGCUUUUUUUUUUCCAUUGUCAUUCUGUGUGUGCAGUGGAAGACGGGCAGCACCGACAAACAGUCUGAAACCUCCUCGGGCUACAGACACAGGCGCGGACAAACUGGUCUUUAACUGGCUCUGAAUCAGAUGGGCCAAGUUUUCCUCUCUAGCUGCUUGGCGAGAAAGUCAAUUGAGGUCCCAAAAAACCUCAAGGUAUGAGAGCUCAAGCAUGUUGCUUUGGGCUUCGAAAUAAAAAUCUGCCUCAUCUUUUUGGAGAGAGGGUGAAUUUUGAAGUUCAUUUAACAAGGAAUUGGCAGAUAACUAGACCGACUGACUCUUUAUAUUGUACCAACAAAUGCCUCAAAGCCUUGGCAUAUCGUUCCCACUAACAGGGGUGUUUCUCUUUCAUCUCUCCUCGCAUUCCUUUAUCGCUCUGCCACACUCCUCGGAUCUGUUGAGACAAAUCUGCAGGAGAGCCUUUCUGGUCGUCCCUUAAAAGUUUCCUGUGGGGAACGCUGUUUAAGUUAUUAUCCAUAUUUGUGGAUUGUUUUUUUUUCCUUUUCUUUUUGUCAUUGCUGUUACGAUCAUGUAGAACAUCUUAAUUCUAGUAGAGCAGGCCAAAUGGGAGUGUUAGAUGCACAGUGGAUGUCUCAGUUGUGAAUAACAGAAACAUGUUUAUUUGGGGUUUUUUAUGCGGUGCAACUAUUCAAAGUGUAAAAGACGAUUAGAGGUGAUGAAAUGUCCAGGUGAAUAUACUGUAUAUUUGCUUCGCUGUAACUGAGAGCAGUUUGAAUUGUUCAGAUAUGAAUAUGACAGAGUAGUUUAGCCAUGCCUUGAAUCAACUAGGCUGCAAGGGACCAUAAAAGUUACCUCAACACAAAUUGCAUUAAUCUAUUCUCUGUCCACCACUUAUCUAUCGGUUUAUUAAACCCCCCCAGUAACUCAUUAUGUCACCUUUCUUGAUUUGAUAACGUUGUCAACCUUUUUACUAAGCCGCCUGCUUUGUGGUCAGGGUCCUCAAGCUUUUUGCAUUAUCAAGAUUGUUCUGUCAGUUAAUGUUAGACAGGAAUUGAAAUGCUUUCAUCUGUGACUUUUUCAUGACUUAAGUUCUGUUUUUUUCCCCCUCCAUGCAAAAGUAUUCAUAUCGAAACCACAAAAACCAAAACACAGGCAGUAUCCCUCCUAUUCGGCAGUGAGUCACGUCACUGUUUUGUGUGAAUGAACUGAAAUAUCAAAUGUGUGUGAGUGUGUGUUGAGUGAGUGGUAAUGUGUGGGCAGGCGGGUGUGCACUAACAGUACUGUAUGUGCGCACGCUUCAGAUCUGUCAUUUCUCUUUGUAAGUGCUAUGCAAGUACAAAAGAAAAGAAAAGCGUUUUGACUUCUUUUGUUUCCUGGAAGAGACUUUCUAUUUUUUCAGAUCAGGGCAUUGACAGGGUUUUGUUUUUGUAUCCUAAACUGAUUUUAGAGUGGGAUAACAUUUUGGUUAUGAUGGUAUAUGUGUGAAUUCUUCAUCUGGAUCGGGAAGGAUUGAAUCACGGACCAAUGAAGCUGCUGUUGGAAAAGCCCACGUUGGAGAUCUAAACAAAUGAUGUGGCGAUGGCUGCAAAACUAUUUGUGGCAAACACCAUGAACUCGUGCCCUGCAGGUCUUUGGGAGGACAUAUCUGAACACCACCAGUUCAGAACGUUGGAUCCCUGAACACUGCAGGACUAUUUUCCUUCCUCAGAGACUGGCUAGGUGUAGACUACAGUGUUUAUUCGUCCAGAUUUCUUAAGUAUUUGUUGGAUCUUUGGCCAUAGAUCUGGAUCAUUCAUGCUGGAGCUGGACUGGAUUCCUACCCGCUCCCUUCAAGGAGAACAUUUUAGCCUUUGUUCGAGAAGUCAGACAUUUUUACGAAAAUAACUAAAUGGAUUCAGUGACAUUAUUUUAUCUCUGUAAAGUACCAAUUGUAAAUAAACGUCUAGCCUUCUUACCUGUAACUAAA